AUGUCUGAAGAUUUGAGUUACGAAGAGUUAGUCGACCAUAUCGUUAACGACAAACCAGUUCCCAACGUGGUGAAUAUUCCGAAUGUCGUGCACAGUGAAGCUAUGAGAACGGAGUCCACUUUGACACCAAGAUUGAAGCCAUGGGAAAUUGCGCAGCAUGAGACUAAUGAACAAGAGAAGGAAUCGAAGCAACAACAGUGA